AUGAGCGCACGAACACGACGACAAAAGGCCGCUCUCGCCGAGAGCGAAGAUUCACCAAAUGGCGCGGCCUCACCUUCAAAGCGCACCCCCUCCAAGAAGAGAGCGAGAUCCACCGCACGGGAAGAGGACAAGGAGAACAUCUUCCUUUACAUCCCGAACCUUAUUGGCUAUUCCCGAGUCUUUCUGACCUUCGCCUCUCUUUACUACAUGCCCCUCCAUCCUCGUACCUGCUGCUUCCUCUACACGGUGUCCUGUCUGCUGGACGGGCUGGACGGUUAUGCAGCUCGGUACUUCAACCAAUCGACCACCUUCGGUGCUGUGCUGGAUAUGGUGACAGAUCGCUGCACAACCGCCUGUCUUCUCGUCUUCCUGAGCUCGGCCUGGCCUCGAUGGGCUAUUGUCUUCCAGGGUCUCAUUUGCCUCGAUAUGGCCAGUCACUACAUGCACAUGUACGCCACUCUGAGCAUGGGCGGAUCCAGCCAGAGUCACAAGAAGGUCGACCCUAGCCGUAGCUGGAUUAUGUACCAGUACUACACCAGCAAGGUCGUUCUCUUCAUCUGCUGUUUCCUGAACGAGGCCUUCUUCAUUGGCCUCUACCUCUUGUCUUUCUCCUCGCCGACCCUGUCUCCCUCGCUCCUGCAGCCCGUCUCCGAUGCUCAGCCGUCCUCCGCCCAACCCGGAAACCCUGCCCACCCCGAGCCAGCCAGUCUCUUCGCCAGCCCCUGGAGUGCUGGUGCCCUCGAAAUGGCCCGGGCGAACAAGCUGGAGAGCACCUGGCCGUGGAUCAUCACCGGCGUCGCCUUCCCCGUCAUGGCCUUUAAGCAGUUCGUCAACAUCGUGCAGCUGGUGAAUGCCAGCAAGUGGCUCGCCGAGGGUGAUCGCGCCGCUCGCCGCGCCAACCGCAAGAAGUAA